AUGUCAAAAGACAUAGAAUUACCGCUGUCUGAAAAAUUAGUAAAUUAUAUCAGGACCGAGAGACCAAUUGAGAGCGAAUUUAUAAUUUCUACGGUCACAUCCACAGCGAAAAAGGUGGUCGAUGAUCAGAAGUCCCUGCUUUGUAAGGGACUUGUUGCGAUGCUUGGAAAGUCGACAAAUGAAUUUGUAGAAAAACUGUACGACUUAAAUGAGUCAAAGGAAGAGGGAAGAAAGAGACUGGUUUCAUUUAAAGAGGAGCCAAGGAUCUACUUCGGAGGUGCUGAGUCAAAAAGUGUAGGAGAAGAAGACUUCAAGAAAAAGAGGAAAAUGGAAGAGAGGGCUCCUGCUGAAACAGAUGAGUAUGUCAGCUACAACACUUACUUCAAAGAUGACGUAGAUGAAAUGGAUAAGCAGAAGUCACGAGAAGUCAUUUUCAAUAAAGUGGACGACUUAAAACAUUCACAGGCAAAACUGCUUGAAUAUGUGCAGAAUUAUGGUAAACUGGAGAGCUUUAGGCGACUCAACAGAGGAAAGUGGCUCUGGGUCUUUGAAGAUGCAGAAACAGCUGUAAAACUCGUCAUGUCAACCAAACACGUCUGUAACGACUCGUCCAUCAAAAAAUAUUUUAAUGUUUAUGCGCCUGAAUUUGUCAAAGUGGACAAGAAUGAAAUGACUAAAAAUGACAUCCAAAGUCUCCUCAAGACACAACAGGAACUGAUGGAGCGAAUUGAGGCAAGCAGAAGUUUUAGAGAGUGGAACUCGUUGAAGAGUGUGACAGCUCAGAUUAGAAGCCAGCUGAUGAGGGAGCCUGAAAAAGCACAGUUUCAAAACACCAACAGAUCUAGAAGAAGAGACCCACGAGCUGAGAUUGAGGAAGCCAAGAAAAUGGACUCCAUUUAUUCCGAUUAUUUUAGCUGA